AUUAAUUGUCAGUUGCAAAGGUUUCCGGUUAAAAAAACAUCCGGUCUUUUUUACCUUGAUUGACGUUAAAGAAGAGUAAAAUGGUGAACGUUCCCAAACAACGCCGUACUUUUUGCAAAAAAUGUAAAGUACACAAAUUGCACAAAGUAACGCAAUACAAAAAAUCAAAAGAGAGGAAAGCAGCGCAAGGUAGACGGCGUUACGAUAGAAAACAACAAGGUUUUGGUGGUCAAACUAAACCUAUUUUUAGGAAAAAGGCUAAAACCACAAAGAAAAUUGUUUUACGUAUGGAAUGUACCGAAUGCAAGUAUCGUAAACAGACCGCAUUAAAACGUUGUAAACAUUUUGAGUUAGGUGGAGAUAAGAAAAGAAAAGGACAAAUGAUUCAAUUCUAGAUGCAUAGGAUUGUAAUUAUUUGUUAUAAACAAAAAUUUUAAUAAAAACAUCUAAUUUAAAAUUUAAAA